CAAAUGAAUAUCCCGCCACACUUCUUUUCCCUGUUCCCUUUUCUGGUAUUCGUCUUUACAUCUCUUUUUCUUUCAGUUUUCAAAUCAUUACUACUCUGAAUUCAAUUGUAAUCAUCAAACCACCAUGAAAUUCUUUCGAUCUGAAACCCAAUUAUCCAAUUUCAAACAUGCAACCGGCUGCUGUCUUCCCGGAGUUCUACGCCGCCUGUCCUGCUUCCGUGGUCUUGCUGCCACACAGCACCACCGCAUCAAGGAAUCAACAGAGCUUCGUUGCACUUCAUAUAAUCCCGGAAUCGUGGCGAAGCUAAUGGGACUGGAGUCAAUCCCACAAAGGAUUACUUCAGUUCAUCGUCAACAAGAUCACAGAAAUUCCAACUCCAGAAGCCAAUCCAUCAGUAAAACACCAAUGGUUUUAGAGCUUGAAAAAAGGAAAUUCUUCAUCCUUGGUCUCGAAGCAGGAUGUAAAGGUAAAGGAGAUUCAAGGUCGGAUUCUAGGAGGAAAUUAUUAGAACAUGAUGGAUCAAAGAAGAAGUCAAAUGGAGUGUUAAAAGAAGGUGCAAAUGUUGAUUUCGAUUUGGAAUUUUUUGAUCAAAUGGUUCUGGAGUUAGUAUACAUAUUUUGAGUCUUUACUUAUUAUAAUUGUAGUUUUCAACUAAUUUAAUGGGUGGUGUUGCUCCCAACGAAAGUCCACUCUUGAAGAAGUGUAGUGUGGUUGUCCUGUCUGUUUUUCUUUCUUUUUCUGUGUAUGUACUCUUUCCAGCUCCUCGCUGGCUUUUCCUGUUUUAGUAAAAUUUUCUUGCAGUU